AAUGCACCGGGUCAGCAACGGCGGAGGCCGUUGCCCGCCAUGCACCGCGGCCGCCGCGUCUCGGACGGGACAGGGUGGGGUUAUUUCCCCGCAGGAAACCCGAAGGAGGAGCUGUGGGGUCACAGACGCUUUUGUGGGGUUUGGUUCGUCCGCGACAAAAAGAAUGUAGCCUUGAAAGGACACCCGUUGCCCUUAAAAAAUAUGGCCGAAUCGGGCAUUUACAUGGAGGGGUCCGGAGACUGCCAUCUUUUUUAAGGGCAGCCACCCAGCCGCUGCUUUUUCUUCCUGUCUCGAAGGUUGUCAUGGUGGCAACCAUAACUGUUCAGGGCAUGAACCUUCACCAGCACCAUUUCGGAGAAGGGCAAGGGGAGUGUCAAAGGGCAACUACAAUGACUGCCGGCAGGCGGCUGUGCAGAGCCAGACUCCGUGAUGUGCUCAUCAUUUUGAUGGUCUGUAUGAUGCAGAUGUGGAUGGUUUCCUCACAAGGUUUUCACGGCCAUGGACAUUCUCAUGAGGACUUGCACCACGGCCACAGCCACGCUGACCACGGCCACACACAUGAGCAUAUUUGGCAUGGCCAUGGUCACGCUCAUGAGGACCAUCAUCAUGAACACAGCCAUGCUCACCAUGACUUCCACCACGGGCACGAAGAUUUGCAUCAUGGGCACAGUCACGGGCAUGAGGAUCCACAUCACGGGCACAGCCACUCCCAUUUCCAUGAGGAUUCCCACCAAGGUCUUCAUGGCCAUUCGCACCAGGACCAUGCCAGUGGUCCCAACCAGGCCAAAUCUUUACACACGCAUGAGAAGGUGUCCCUGAGAAGAGAGAAACUGGAGCCCGUGCAGCUGUGGUCAUACGCCAUCGGGGCCACGCUCCUUAUCAGCGCUGCCCCCUACUUCAUCCUCUUCCUGAUUCCCGUGGAGUCGAACACCUCCCAGCACCAGGCCCUGCUCAAACUGCUGCUCAGCUUUGCCUCGGGGGGCCUCCUGGGGGAUGCCUUCCUGCACCUCAUUCCUCAUGCGCUGGAGCCUCACUCCCAUCACGCAGAUGGAGCCGGACACGUGCAUUCCCACGGGAAGCCGGCUGGCCAUGGACACUCUCACCAGGGUCCUGAGCACCAGCAUAUGAUGUCAGUCGGCCUCUGGGUUCUCGGUGGCAUUGUGGCAUUCCUGGUGGUCGAGAAGUUUGUCCGACACGUCAAAGGAGGCCAUGGACAUGGGCACAGUCACGCAGUCCCUGCAGCUGCCAAAGCCAAGUGCAGUGACGAUGAGGAAGAGAAAGAGCCCACCCAAAGGUCCUCGGAGAAAGCUGCCCCCAAGAGGAAGGAGAAGACGCCAGAGUCUGCCAUGCGUGUCGCAGGGUACCUAAACCUGGCCGCUGACUUUGCCCACAACUUCACGGACGGCUUGGCACUGGGGGCCUCGUUCUUGGCGGGCAGCACUGUGGGGGCCGUCACCACCCUGACUGUGCUGCUGCACGAAGUCCCCCACGAGGUGGGCGACUUUGCAAUCCUCGUGCAAUCCGGCUGCAGCAAGAGGAAGGCAAUGAAGCUGCAGCUGGUGACAGCCCUGGGGGCGCUGGCAGGCACAGUUUGCUCCCUGUUGGCCGAGGGUGUGGGAGAGGCGGCCACCGCCUGGAUCCUCCCCUUCACCGCCGGAGGCUUCAUCUACGUGGCCACCGUCUCAGUGAUCCCGGAGCUCCUGCGGGAUUCAGGGCCCGUCCAGUCCCUGCUUGAGGUGCUGGGCCUCGUGGCUGGUGUGGCUAUGAUGGUCUUCAUCGCCCAGUACGAGUAGGGCAGGAGGACUAUGAUGGUUUGGGAAGUAAAGGGGAUAGCCGCAACCAUUCCUUCCCAGGAGAGAACACAGGCAUUCGUGGCUCCUGCCUCCCUUGGCUUUGGCCUGCUGACAAGCAGAGAGUAGAACCCAAGAGCCCCACUACCCAGCCCCACCUCUGCUCCCCUAACCUGCCUUUGCCCUGAGAAUUCAGACCUCUGCCCCAGUUACUGACCAGGAGGUGCUGUGCAGAGCACUCUCUUAGGUCUCCAAAGGGCUGACUCCUUGGCUCAAGGUGGAGAUGGUGGGACUGGGGCUUCAUCUUGGGGUCAUGUGGAGGGUGAGAGCCCACCCGAGCCCUCUUGCGUGUGGUUGGGGGGUGGGAGCUUCCUUUCUUAUUUAUCCUGACCCCCAGGUUACUGUAGGGGAUAGAAGAAAAGAAUUUACAAGGGACCACAAAAUAGAAGCAGCAGCCCAGGUGAAUGUUGGUGUAGGUGGGUGGAAAUCAGGAUUCAGGGCGCAGUGGGUGAGGGUGAUGGGAUGUGGGUUGGUGUUUGGGGACGAAUGGAUUUAGUUGCUGGUAUCCAAACAUGGGGGUGCUCUAGAACCCUCCAACGCAGACCGCAAGUGUCGUGAGCUCCAGAGGGCAAUGGUGAAGCCCCCCUCUUCCUCUGUCCUCCCCCCACCCCCGAAAAUAGCCAAAGGGCACCAGAGAUGAGAACUCUGCGCGUGUGCACUUUUGCUGCUGUAUGUAGUGCCACUCCCUGUCCAGACCACGCUUUUCCUUAGGAGGGGGUUUCCACUGCUGGAGGUUGCUAGGGAUUCUGGUUUAUACUCUGGGGAGAGUUUCUGUGUACACAUUUCGUAUUUUCUUGUUUUUGCAUUUUUGUAGGGUCAAGGGACAUUCUCUGGGGCAAUGAUUGUAAUGGGUGUGUCUGUAAUUAAAAAAAUAAAGAAUUCCAUGCUGAAAA